UACGUGAAACGGAAGUGCCCUGUAGUUUUCUUUCUGGCCCGCCUUUUCCUUUUUUUGUCCCCCCCCCCCCCGGUUCCCGGCUUCGCGACAGAGAACACUGGCUUUUGGUCCAUCAUCAUAAUAGGAUAGUGGAGAAACAUUAUAUUCCUGCCACCAAAUCACUUCUCUUUAAGAACGUGCCUUGCAAACCAAACUUGUAUCAACUUGCCUAUCUGAACCAUGUCUGCGUUACGUGGAGCAGUCCAUGCCAAAUGGAUCGUAGGAAAAGUCAUUGGGACCAAAAUGCAGAAGACUGCCAAAGUGAGAGUCACCAGGCUGGUGCUGGAUCCUUAUUUACUGAAGUUCUUUAACAAGCGAAAAACGUAUUUUGCCCAUGACCCUCAACAGGAAUGCAUCGUGGGAGACAUCGUCCUUCUGAAAGCUUUGCCAGUGCGGAGGAGCAAGCACGUGAAACAUGAACUGGCAGAAAUUGUGUACAAGGUUGGGAAAGUCAUUGACCCGGUGACUGGGAAGCCCUGCGCAGGAAGCAAGCUCUUGGACAGUGUAACGGACUCCGAAAGCCUCACCGAUAGAGACACCAGCUACCUUAGUGAAAAACUCCAAGAGUUAACUGUUUCCUCUUCUGAUAAAUGAAGAGGAAGUGAGCUUUUGUAAGAUGGGACUUUUCUCUCAUGUCUCUAAGCGGGUGUAUGGCAUGGUGCUUCUGUGUUUCUAAAAACGUUGCCAAUUAAUAAUAAAAUGCAGUUCACUUACAAAA